GACAACAAUCAACCAACAUGACGUGGGAACCGAGUGCAGAUGGAUUGCAGCAAAUCAUAACCAUCCUAAAGGAAUCACAAUCUCCUAAUACUGCGACGCAAAUGGCAGUUCACAUGAAAUUGGAGGAAUUGAACCAGUACCCAGAUUUCAACAAUUAUUUGAUUUAUGUCUUAACCAAAUUAAAAACCGAAGAUGAACCCACCCGGUCAUUAAGUGGAUUAAUACUGAAGAACAAUAUUAGAACCCACGGCAACAACUUACGCCCGGAAAUAGUGGAAUAUAUAAAGCAUGAAUGUUUGCAGGCAAUAGGAGAUCCAUCGCCGUUGAUAAGAGCAACUGUGGGAAUUUUAAUAACAACCAUAGCCAGCAAUGGUGGUUUGCAUAAUUGGCCCCAGCUGCUGCCUUCAUUAUGUGAUAUGUUAGAUUCGCAAGACUACAAUGUUUGCGAGGGCGCAUUUAGUGCGCUCCAAAAGAUUUGUGAAGAUCAUGCAGAAGUGUUGGAUUCCGCCGCUCUUAAUAGACCAUUGAAUGUCAUGAUACCCAAAUUUUUGCAGUACUUCAGUCACAAUAGUCCCAAAAUACGAUCACACGCAAUAGCAUGUAUUAACCAAUUCAUUAUGAUCCGCUCUCAAGCUCUGAUGUUGCAUAUUGACACUUUUAUUGAGAGCCUAUUCAACUUGUCGUCUGAUGAUGAUCAUGAGGUACGAAAAAACGUUUGCCAUGGUCUUGUUAUGUUACUUGAAGUACGGAUGGAUCGUUUACUACCUCAUAUGCCCCAGAUAAUAGAAUACAUGUUGAUGAGAACACAAGAUUCUGAUGAAGGCGUAGCGCUAGAAGCCUCAGAGUUUUGGCUCUCUUUGGCAGAACAAAGCAUAUGUAAAGAAGUUUUGACACCUUAUCUUUCCCAGCUGGCACCUAUUUUAGUAAAAGGUAUGCGUUAUUCCGAGAUCGACAUAAUUCUACUCAAAGGCAAUGUUGAAGAGGACGAUAUGGUACCCGAUCGCGAAGAAGACAUACGACCAAGGUUCCACAAAUCUAGAACACAUACAAUUAAAUCCAAUGAAGCAGGUGCUGGCGCAGACGAUGAUGACGAUGAUUUUGAUGAUGGUCUAGACGAUGACAGCUCUUUAUCGGAAUGGAACCUGAGGAAAUGUAGUGCAGCAGCACUGGAUGUGCUAGCCAACGUCUUUCGCGAAGAUUGUCUACCUAUUGUUCUUCCUAUUUUGAAGGACACACUAUUUCAUCAAGAUUGGGUAAUAAAAGAGAGUGGAGUACUAGCAUUAGGUGCUAUUGCUGAGGGUUGUAUGCAAGGCAUGAUUCCCCAUUUACCCGAAUUAAUUCCUUAUUUAAUUAGCUGUCUGUCCGAUAAAAAAGCACUUGUUCGUUCCAUUACUUGUUGGACGCUAUCACGAUAUGCUAAUUGGGUCGUCAACCAGCCACACGACCAAUAUUUAAAGCCUCUGAUGGAAGAGCUUUUAAAACGUAUUUUGGAUUCAAAUAAGCGUGUACAAGAAGCAGCUUGCUCAGCUUUCGCUACACUUGAGGAGGAGGCUUGUACGGAGCUUGUCCCUUAUUUGGAAUACAUUUUACAAACAUUGGUAUUCGCAUUCUCAAAAUAUCAACAUAAAAAUCUAUUAAUUCUAUAUGACGCUGUUGGUACCUUGGCCGAUUCAGUAGGACAUCACUUGAACAAACCACAGUACAUCGAUAUAUUGAUGCCUCCUUUAAUAGAAAAGUGGAAUCUUCUAAAAGAUGACGACAAAGAUCUUUUCCCCUUAUUGGAAUGUCUGUCGAGUAUAGCCACUGCUUUACAAUCUGGUUUCCUGCCAUAUUGUGACCCGGUCUACAGACGAUGCAUAUCAUUAAUUGAGCAAACUAUUAACCAAGACAUGGCUUGUAAGCAAAAUCCAGGAAUUGAUCACCCUGAUAAAGAGCGUAUGAUUGUCGCAUUGGAUUUGCUAUCCGGACUAGCUGAGGGAUUAGACGGGCAUAUAGAAUCUUUGGUGGCUAAUAGUACCAUUAUGCAGUUGCUAUACCAGUGCAUGCAAGACGCCCUUCCGGAAGUUCGGCAAUCGUCAUUUGCAUUGCUAGGCGAUUUAACUAAAGCAUGCUUCCAACAUGUUCAUCCAUUUAUGUCUGAAUUCUUUCCCAUUUUGGGUCAAAAUCUAAAUCCUGACUACAUUUCCGUAUGCAACAACGCGACAUGGGCUAUUGGUGAAAUUUGCAUGAAGCUAGGCGAGGAAACAAGACAGUUUAUACAUCUGGUUCUAAAGGAAUUAAUUGUAAUCAUCAAUCGACCAAACACGCCCAAAACCCUUUUGGAAAAUACAGCUAUAACUAUUGGUCGUCUAGGUUAUGUGUGUCCAGUUGAAGUCGCUCCUUAUUUGCCAGAAUUUGUAAGACAGUGGUGUACCUCCUUGCGCCAUAUUAGGGACAACGAUGAAAAAGAUUCAGCUUUUCGUGGUAUGUGUCAUAUGAUAACCGUUAAUCCAGCUGGCGUGGUACCGGAUUUUAUAUUCUUCUGUGAUGCUAUUGCUUCGUGGGUAAACCCACCACAGGAUUUACAUCAAAUGAUACAAAAGAUUCUGCAUGGUUUUAAAACUCAAGUUGGCGAAGAAAACUGGCGUCGUUUCGUAGACCAAUUCCCACCAACAUUGUCAGAAAGAUUGGUUGCGAUGUACAGCAUAUAAAUUGGGAACAUAUGAUUGGCUUGAUAUGUGGUUCAUAGCAAAGUAGGGGCGAAACGUAAGGGAAAUAUGUUUAUUGCAGUAGUCGAUGCUUACUGAUUUUCUUC